GGCAGAAUCUUCUAAAACCUCCAGCCAAGGGAAACGUAAAAAGAAGUCGAAAAGGUUUUAUGGUGGAGCCAAGAAGGGGAAAUACGAGAAGGUUAUCAAAGUAGGAAUGAGAGGUGUUCUUGUGUUUGGAGCUGACAACGAAGCGAAGGCGAAAAGGGAGGCAUAUAACCUGUUAAACGAGUAUGCAGAUGAAUUGUUCGGUGCAGAAUUCAGGGAGGAUUUCAAUCAUGAUGUAGACACAGACACCAAUUGCAAAGACAAUCAAAACAAAAAGAGACUUGUUAUUAAUUACCAGCAUGGAGAUGGUGAAAAAAUUAUUGAGCAUGUAGAAGAUCAAUCAUGUUCUGAAAAUGAAAGCGAUGAGAAUGACAUUGAAAAAACUAUAGCGAAAGAAAUUAAAGAAAUCAAAAGUCUGAAAGAAUCAAGAAGAUUUCAAGAGAUACCCACUGGUGUAAAUGCUAUAUUAUUUAUUAAAACAACACUGUCGAAGAAAGACCUGAAUAAACUCAUACAAUGUAUUCUUUCUGAUAUUGCUAAGACAGGACAAAAUAAAACAAGAAACUUUCAAAGACUUGUGCCAAUCACUGAAAUUUGUGCAGCUGAUCUUGAGUCUAUCAAUGAUACUGUUUUGAAACAUUUUCUACCGGAAAAAGAUAGUAAAGAUUGUCUUAGUAUGUGUGUUCAGUACAAGUCGAGAUUUAACAGCAGUCUCAUAAAGGACGACGUCAUAUCUCAAGUAUCUUCAAUAUUUUUAAACUCUGGACAUAAAGUUGACUUGAAAAAUCCAGAUAUUGUUGUGAUUGUUGAAGUUAUGAAGGGUCUUUGCCUCAUGAAUACUCUUCAAGACUUCUUUCGUUUCAAGAGGUACAACCUCCAUCAAAUUGCAAACGAAAAAAAGAACCAAACCGAAGUUUCGAAUGAAGAAGACAACACAAAAAGCAUCGCAAAAGUCAAUGACAAUGUUAGUUCAUAAGGCAAAGUUGAAGUUUUCAGUUGUGAAGAAUGAUAUUACAAAGUCUGGACGUUUCCUCGUACACCCUGCACUUGCUUUUUUGGCAGGGAAAACGCAUGCAUUGGAAUAUGCCAGGAGUCUUAAUGAUCACUUCGUUCAAUUAUCAGAAACGAUAAAAAAAUGAUGUUCGUUCUGGUUUGUGACUGUGUAUGCCAAGAAAGUGGGAUCAUAUAAUAACAAUCAGCUAUUGAACUCGGUGCUCUAAAUGCAAUCGCGUUUUACAGACUCACAACAGUGGUUUCCGAUUCCUGGACAAAAAAAACCCGGUAGUAUACAAUAUUGAUAUACGCGGUAUAAA